AUGGACGGUAUGGACAUCAACUUUGACCCCAACCCUGAUCCCCCGUUAGCCUUGUAUCUCGACUUCGAUUUUGACAGUCGCCCAAUCGACAAUGGCGACUUCGAUUUUGACAGUCGCUCAAUCGACAAUGGCGACUUCGCCUUCGACAGUCUCCCAAUCGACGAUGGCGACUUCGCCUUUUCCGUUCCCAUCCCCGGCCUCACCCCCUUCUCUGAACCUUUGAGUGAGCGUUCAGGGGGCACUGCCAGCAAGGCUUACAUUCCCAAGCGACCACAUAGGAAAUCGCGCGCAGGAUGUAAGCAGUGCAAGAAGCGCAAAGUGAAGUGCGACGAGGCGAAGCCAGCGUGCAAGGCUUGCGGCCUUCGAAAGGAAACAUGCGUCUAUCCAAACGCGCCUUUGUCUCCUGCGUCCGCUUCACCGCCGAGCUCUUCGCAGACACUUGCGGUUCGUUCGCGGGAGUCAUCAGUAGAACAAGUGCCUUACGUCGAACCCGCCUGUCUCGUCAUCUCAGAGCCUCUGUUCCGACCGGGCGAGAUGUCAGACAGCAUGGACAUGAAGAUGCUCUGGUUCUACACCACCCAGACAUACCAUUCCUUCUCUAUCGAGACUGGCCACUCCCAAGUGGUUGAUCACGUACUGAAAGUGAGAAUCGUCGAGCACGCUUUCAAGUCUCCAUUCCUCAUGGACUGCUUGAUGGCCUUAUCCUCCUUACACUUGCAGACCCUGAACCAGGUCGUACCUACUCGCCGAGCGGCAGCAUAUCGCGCCAGAGCCUUUGAAGGCUAUCGAAAUGCUAUUGAAGCCGCCAGACCAGCCGACUUUCCCGCAUUGCUUGCCUGUUCGCUUCUGAUGUGUGCUUUGAGCAGCCAGAUGUUUCGGGAAGACGACGCCAAACCCCUUUACAUAAUUGACUGGAUGGCCGUAUGGCGUGGCAUAGCCCUGAUCAUUGAUAUCAUCUCACCAAUGUCAAUUCAGCAGUCAGGAAUGUCUGUAUUGUUUGUUCGUCCACCGAUAGACCUCGAGAAGUGCACACAGUACAUCCCCAACAACCUCCUGUUCAUGAUCACGUCGAUCAAACCGGACGACCCCGACUAUGAACACCAAAAGGUCUACUAUGAAUAUCUCCGAUAUUUAGGGUCGCUCUAUAUGGAGCUUACUGUCCAUGGUUUCAGUCCUAUCAUGGACCUUCGCGUCAUCACGUUCUUAACGUUCGUUCCCAGGCCUCUUCUUCCUCUAGCUAAGGAGCGGCGGCCUCGAGUCCUCAUCAUGCUGGCCUACUACCUGUGCUUCACCAGGAUCAUGCCGCCAGGUGCUUGGUGGAUGAGAGGCAUAGGCGACCGCGAGAUCGACAACAUCAUCGAAGUAGUCGGCGACGAAUGGGCACAUCUCCUUCGCGUUCCUCGAAUGGUGUCGCAGGCUACCGACAGAAUUGAGAUGGCCAGAAUAAUCAUCGACAAUCAGAACUGGACGCCAGGGGAGAUUGAUCUCUACCACAAGCAUCGAGAUCCGAGGACGAAGACAGACCUCAAACUCAUCAAUAACGAGGGUACUGAGGUCCAAUUGGCCCAGGGACACUGGAGAUUUCAGUCUUCUGACCUCGUGUGGAGCGAGCCGCAAACCAUUGAUCCAAGUGUGCGAGCGAGUUCACCAACAGAGAAGACGGAUUCUCGGACCGAUCCAGGUUCCAAAGCCUCGUCGUCGUCGUCGCCGUUCCACUCGCCAUCCUGUUCAUUCUCUACAUCGGGAUCGUCGCCAUCUUCGUGGAAAUGA